AUGGCACGCUCUCUGAACAUCCUCCAAUUCCUGUUUCUCGCCACGGGAUCUUUGACACACUCUGUGACCGUAGCACCAAACCCAGUCACGGGAAAUACCACCACCUCGACGAUCUCAUGGACGGAUUGCUCACCCGACCCCUCUAUCGCGCUCAAAUGCGCCAACUUCUCCAUCCCGCUCGAUUGGAGCAAGCCCUGGGGUCCCCAAAUCAACCUCGGAAUCGGCAUGAUCCCAGCAGCCAACGCAAGUCAGCGAAUUGGCUACCUGAUGACGAACCCAGGCGGUCCUGGCGGUGCUGAUAUACAAGCAAACGGCAAAGGGGACCUGGGUCUUACUGUUACGGGCCAGUAUUGGCGAUCCAGUCAAUUACACCAGUAUUUUGAUAUCGUGGGUCCUGAUCCUCGUGGUGUUGCGUCUAGUAGCCCGCUUGAGUGCGAUCCUGAUUUGUGGACCACUGCUUCGCAAACUUCGCUGUUUCCUGAGGAUGAGGAGUCAUACAACGAACUGGUCAAUGCCUGGAAGGCUGCUGGUGAAAGUUGUGCUGAGAAAUCGGGAGAAAGGCUCAAUCAUGUUGAUACCUUGAGUGUUGCGAGAGACUUCGAAGCUAUCCGUAUUGCCUUGGGAGAUGAACCAAUGACUUUCUUAGGUUUCUCGUAUGGAACUCAAGUCGGACUGCAGUAUGCUGAGCUUUUUCCAAACGACAUCCGCGCGAUGGUACUUGAUGCGGUUCUUGAUCACACCCAGGAAGAGGUCUAUAUGCUCGAGACUGAAAGCGGCGGAUAUGAAGACACUCUCGACCAAUUCUUCCUGUGGUGCGCAAGAAACAGCUCUUGCGCCUUUCACAACACAACAGAUUUCCCCACCAAGUUCGACAACUACAUCACAGCCGCCAACCAAAACCCGAUCCCAGCCCCGCAAUGCAGCAAUGCCUCUUUUGACUUCUACCCUUGUGCCUCAACCGCGAGCGGCUACGACAUCCUGACAUUCCUCCAAGAGCUCCUAAUUGUUAAUAGACCCGACAACGGUCUCGGGGUCCCAGGCUUAGCCGACAUGUCCUUAUUGCUACAGUUAGCCUUCGAGGGAAACGACGCCAGCUUUUUUGCCACAGCUAAUACCACUUCUCCCAUCUCUAGCGAUUAUCCAUACACAGCAGUUAUAUGUCAAGACUGGCACCACCAAAGUCUCUCUUGGCCCGAAUUCCAGACCGAAAUGAUCUUCGCCAAUAUCAUCUCACCGCACACCCGCGGGCAGGGAGAAUUCUGGCGUCUCCAGGUUCGCUGCAUGAACUGGCCCGCACCAGUUGUUAAUCCCGCUCACUCGAUUGCACCGACUUUCCAAAACUUGACGUUGAAGACGCCUGUGUUGCUCGUCAAUGCGUUCUAUGACCCCGAGACGGCGUAUCCGUUCUCGGUCAAUCUGCAGCGACAGUUUGGGGAACGGAAUGCGGUGUUACUGAGUCGCAAUGGGAGUGGGCACACAAGUUGGUAUUCUAUGGGUGAUACGCACUUUGCGAUCAAUAAUUAUUUGAUCGAUUUGAAGGUGCCACAACCAGCGACUAUUUUGCAGAGUUGA